AUGGAAUCUAGAAACCAAACAGCUGUCUCAGAAUUCCUUCUCCUGGGACUGACAGAUGAUCCAGAACUUCAGCCUCUCACCUUCAGCCUGUUUCUUUCCAUGUACCUGGUCACCAUCUCUGGAAACCUCAUGAUCAUCCUGGCUGUUAGCUCUGACUCCCAUCUCCACACUCCCAUGUACCUUUUCCUUGUCACUCUGUCCUUUAAUGAUAUCUGUUUAAGCACAACAUCAGUCCCACACAUGUUGGUGAACAUCCAAACACAGGAUCAGAGCAUCUCUUACUCAGGCUGUCUCACCCAGGUCUCCUUAGUGUUGGUUUUUGGUAAUUUUGAAAGUUGUCUACUUUUAAUAAUGGCCUAUGAUCGCUAUGUGGCCAUCUGCCAUCCACUUAGGUACACAGUCAUCAUGAACCUGCACUUAUGUGUUUUACUGAGCCUAGCCUCUUUGUCUAUUAGCAUUAUGUAUGGACUACUCCAUGGUCUACUGUUGCUGAGGCUGUCCUUCACAGACCUAAAAAUCCCCCACUUUUUCUGUGAACUUGCACAGAUUAUCAGACUCACUUGUUCUGAUACUCUCAUUGAUAACAUAGUAAUAUAUGUGGCAGCUUGCAUCUUUGGUGCUUUUCCUGUGUUUGGAAUCAUGCUUUCUUAUAUUUACAUUGUGUCAUCUAUCUUGAGAAUGCCAUCAGCAGAAGGAAAGUAUAAGGGUUUUUCUACCUGUGGUUCUCAUCUCUCAGUUGUCACCUUGUUUUAUGGGACAGGUUUGGGUGUGUACAUUAGUUCUUUAAUAGCUAACUCAUCCAAAAAGGCUGCAGUGGCUUCAGUGAUGUAUUCUGUGGUCCCUCAGAUGAUGAAUCCCUUUAUCUAUAGUCUGAGGAACAGGGAUAUGAAGGAAGCCUUGAGGAGGCUCCUUUAUAGAAGAACUUCUCUCCUCUAA